AUGAGGGGCUAUGAUGUGGACAGCAAAUCUAGACGAGCAYCUCCAAAAAGCAGAAAASAACYUGUGUCGAAAAAGGCUAGACSAAAAAGACCGCAUAUCAGAAGUGAGGAUKARAGUGCACCUAAAAGAAAGAAAUUACAUGUAGCUUAUAAUGACAACGAAUUGUUUGAUUUACUGCCAGAUCUACCUUCACCAUGUGUCUCUGAAAAUGAACAGUUUAGCGCAGAUAAAUACACUCAGACUGAACAACCAAAAAGUAAAGAGCAGUUAAAAAGAGAAUUCUUCAUUGAUCAGGCAACUUGUGAAAAUAACUGCUAUAGAUACACGGGUAUGAUCAGGGCAAAACUAGACUUAGUGUUUGAAUUCUUGGAGCCUAAGACAAAAGACCUUCGUUUCUGGAGAGGAAGCAAAGGGACAGCUAAAAAAAGGAAAAACAGCAAGAAAAAAAGAGAGAAGCAACAAGGAGAUUUAACUAAGUGGGAGCAAUAUAUUCUAACUCUAGUAAGGACAAGGAGGGGCUUUGAUGUUAGAUUUCUUGCAGAUACAUUUUGUAUUUCUGCAUCACAAGUAUCUAAAAUUUACAAUACCUGGAUCACUUUUCUCUCAGAAGAACUCUCAUUUCUGAUUCCUUGGCCUUCAAGAGAGGAAAUUGAUAAAUCCCUCCCAGAUAGGUUUAAAAUCUUCCCAAAUGUACGGGUUAUAAUUGACUGUGCAGAAAUUUUCMUUCAAAAGCCCAAAAUUCCAUCAAGUCAAAAGAUCACWUGGAGCAGUUAUAAACAUUGGAAUACUUUCAAACUUCUUGUUGGUAUAACACCAACAGGGGUUAUAUCAUUUCUUCCACCACUUUGGACUGGGUCUGUGAGUGAUAAAGAAAUUGUACAACAAACUGGCCUGCURGACUUGUUAGAAGAUKGAGAUGCUCUCAUGACAGAUAAAGGGUUUCUUAUUCGAGACCUGAUUGCUUUUCAGGGCAUUUCACCUCAACCACUGAGUCAGUCAAGCAACAGGUGCAUCUCUUAA